CUUCAAUACCCGCUGUUAGGCAAACGCCAAACUGAGAAAGAAAAUUAGAGGCAAUGGACCACACACUGCCAAGCUGGUAUUAAUUGGACAGAACAGAAAAGACAAAUUUCUGCGCACUGUUUGUCACAGCGACUGCUUCUACUGGAAAACUGGCAAGCAAGGAUGGGGGAUAUGACAGUUGUCAGAAAUAAUCACCAGUCUAGCAAUUAUCGGAUACAGGGCUAAAUAAAUUCUACAAUACACUGAAAACUAGAUCCUUGGAUGAAUGGGCAAGAUGUCAAGAUGGACAACUCUUACAGUAGCUAUGGUGUUUGUGUUAUCCUGUGUUGCCUCCCUUGGCCUGAAAGGGGAGACAUGCAACUCUUGCUGCAUGGGGCCACCAGGUGCCCCUGGUGUCCAUGGUAACCACGGACUUCCUGGAACAUCUGGACCCGAGGGCUCUAAGGGGGACAGGGGAGAGAAGGGAUAUCCAGGAGAAAAAGGUUCCUAUGGUCCUAAAGGUGACCUGGGUGAGAAAGGAGAGAAGGGCCGCAAAGGGGCCAAAGGUCAAUGUGGAGCUGCUGGCAAGGAUGGGGAAAAGGGCAUGCUGGGACCAAUGGGGGCAUUCGGGCCAAAGGGAGACAAAGGAAUAAAAGGUGAGAAGUGCGUUCCAUCACCAAAGAUAGCGUUCUUUGUGACUCGCACAUCAAGAUUUGGUCCAGUACAACAAGACACCAACAUAGAAUUUGACAAAAUAUUCCUCAACGAAGGCCAGGCCUUUGACUCACACUCUUCCCAGUUUGUGUGCAAAGUUAACGGCACCUAUCUAUUCCAUGCUCAUAUCUUAAGCCAGGAGGACAAAGACGCCUUCGUGACCAUCAUGUUGAACGAGCAGCCCCGUAUCCCAAUGCAUGGCGAUCACAGAUCUGGGUUUGGAGUGGCCAGUAACAUGGCAAUAUUUAAACUGGAGGCCGGGGACAAGGUGUAUCUUAGACUGAAGAAGGAUUCUGCCAUUUCUAAUGACUCUUCUACAUUUUCAGGUUACCUUAUACAUUCUGACUGACAGUACUGGUAUUAUGAAGAAGGAUUCUGCCAUUUCUAAUGACUCUUCUACAUUUUCAGGUUACCUUAUACAUUCUGACUGACAGUACUGGUAUUAUGAAGAAGGAUUCUGCCAUUUCUAAUGACUCUUCUACAUUUUCAGGUUACCUUAUACAUUCUGACUGACAGUACUGGUAUUAUGAAGAAGGAUUCUGCCAUUUCUAAUGACUCUUCUACAUUUUCAGGUUACCUUAUACAUUCUGACUGACAGUACUGGUAUUAUGAAGAAGGAUUCUGCCAUUUCUAAUGACUCUUCUACAUUUUCAGGUUACCUUAUACAUUCUGACUGACAGUACUGGUAUUAUGAAGAAGGAUUCUGCCAUUUCUAAUGACUCUUCUACAUUUUCAGGUUACCUUAUACAUUCUGACUGACAGUACUGGUAUUAUUGUUUUUUGUAAAUUGUGGAACAGUAAGAAGUAACAGACAGCAUUUGCAUAAAUUCAAUCAGCAAGAAAACUUACAGGAAUGAAUAAAAGACAAUGUGACAUCGGAUAGAAACAUUUAUAAUAGCAAAAUUAAAAUUGUAAUUUCAAACUUCUACUAAAGAAAUGAUGUCGAAAUAAAUGUUUUAUUAGCAUUUUUGUAUAGUUUGAAGAGCCAGUGCAUCUAUGUAAACAUUGUGUUAUGAUCCCAGAUGAACAAACUUAACAGGAUGAAGAAAAUGUUUAGGACUUUUUUCAUUUCAAAGCAAAAAUGUGCUAAGAUUUAUUUACAGUUAUUAUAUAAGUAUAUAAAUAAAAUACAUCAACCCAUACUAGUUAUUACCAUUUACAUUAAAUCAAUUUUGGAUAAAUUGUUUAGAGAUAUUGAAUAAUUCAAAACUACUCACUUGUUUGUAAAAGACAUGCUGUCUUCGAUAUGGCCAUUUUAAUGUAAUAUAAUUUAGUUAGUAUAUUGUUAAUACCACCUUAUGUGUUGUUAGAAAACUUAGUAACACUGCUUAUAUUGCACAUUGUAGUUUACAGUGAUGUAUCUGU